AUGACGAACGACCCCCUUCCUACCCGCCAGCGGAGGCCCUCUGUGGGUGUCCCUCUCGUCGACAUCCAAGGAAGCGUUGGCCCCGCCGGCAUUUCUCGACCCAAGCACAAGCGAACUUUUACGGGCUUUACUCCCCAGGAGAUCGUCAGUGUUGAGGCUUCGAUUCCCGAGCCGCAGCGCGAGGCCUGGAAUAGGAACAAGUUCAAGCCCUUCACUAACAAGGACGAGUUCGAGCGAGAGGUUGUCCGUCAUGUCGAGACCGAUUUGGCUCGCAGCGUCUUUAACUGCGACGAGUCGGCCGCUUAUGCCGCUACGAGUCUUGCCAUUCGCGACCGUUUGAUUGUGGACUGGAACAAGACUCAGCAGCGCCAGACCUUCAAUGACAACAAGCGUGUCUACUACCUCAGUUUAGAAUUCCUCAUGGGACGCGCUCUGGACAACGCUAUUCUGAACGUUGGCCAGAAGGAUAUCGCUAAGCAGGGCCUUUCGGACUUGGGUUUCAGGAUUGAAGACGUCAUCGAACAGGAGCAUGACGCAGCUCUCGGAAACGGUGGCUUGGGUCGACUUGCUGCCUGCUUCCUCGAUAGCUUGGCCUCCCUCAACUAUCCCGCCUGGGGAUACGGUCUGCGAUAUAGAUAUGGUAUUUUCAAGCAGGAAAUUAUCGAUGGCUACCAAGUCGAAGUACCCGAUUACUGGCUUGAUUUCAACCCCUGGGAAUUCCCCCGACACGACGUGACUGUCGAUAUUCAAUUCUACGGUUCUGUUCACAAAUCGACCGGUGCAGGUGGCCUCCCUGUCUCUCACUGGGAAGGUGGCGAGACCGUGACCGCGGUCGCGUAUGAUGUUCCUAUUCCUGGAUAUGAUACUCCUACCACGAACAACCUCCGACUUUGGUCUAGCAAGGCGGCUAGCGGCGAGUUCGACUUUCAGAAAUUCAAUAGUGGCGACUACGAAAGCUCUGUCGCCGACCAGCAGCGCGCCGAGACCAUCAGUGCGGUUCUGUACCCCAACGACAACCUCGAGCGAGGAAAGGAACUCCGUCUCAAGCAGCAAUACUUCUGGGUUGCCGCGUCUCUGUACGACAUCGUUCGGCGGUUCAAGAAGUCGAAGCGCGCGUGGUCCGAGUUUCCUGACCAGGUUGCUAUCCAACUCAACGACACUCACCCUACGCUUGCCGUUGUCGAGCUGCAGCGUAUCCUAGUCGACUUGGAGGGUCUUCCCUGGGAUGAUGCCUGGAACAUUGUAACUUCGACGUUUGGCUACACCAAUCACACAGUGCUGCCAGAGGCGCUUGAAAAAUGGCCCGUCGGUCUCCUCCAACAUCUCCUCCCUAGACAUCUCCAAAUUAUUUAUGAUAUAAACCUCUUCUUCCUCCAAAGUGUCGAGAAGGUCUUCCCCAAUGACCGCGAUCUCCUUAGGAGGGUUUCGAUUAUUGAGGAGUCUAACCCCAAGAUGGUGUGCAUGGCUCACCUCGCUAUUGUCGGUUCCCACAAGGUCAACGGCGUCGCCGAGCUCCACUCCGAUCUCAUCCGGACAACUAUUUUCAGGGACUUCGUCACGAUUUUUGGCGUCGACAAAUUCACCAACGUCACGAACGGCAUCACCCCACGCCGGUGGCUCCACCAGGCGAACCCUCGCCUCUCCGAGCUCAUCGCGAGCAAGUGUGGUGGCAGCAGCGAGUUCCUCAAGGAUCUCACCCAGAUCAAUAAGCUCGAACUUUACCUCGAAGAUAAGGCCUUCCGAAAAGAAUGGGCUGAAAUCAAGUACGCGAACAAGGUCCGUCUUGCCAAACUGAUCAAGUCCGCGAAUGGCAUCACCGUCAACCCUGCGGCUCUCUUCGAUGUUCAAGUGAAGCGGAUUCACGAAUACAAGCGCCAGCAGCUCAACAUUUUUGGUGUUAUUCACCGAUACCUUCGCCUCAAGGCCAUGUCGCCCGAAGAGAGAAAGAAGCAGCAGCCCCGCGUUUCCAUCUUUGGUGGAAAGGCUGCACCGGGCUACUGGAUGGCUAAGCAGAUUAUCCACCUCAUCAACAACGUCGGAUCCGUCAUCAACAAGGACGAGGAGAUCGGUGACCUCCUCAAGGUUGUCUUCAUCGAGGAUUACAAUGUUAGCAAGGCCGAGAUCAUCAUCCCCGCCUCGGACCUCAGCGAGCACAUAUCUACCGCCGGAACUGAGGCUUCGGGAACUAGCAACAUGAAGUUUGUUCUCAACGGAGGUCUUAUCAUCGGUACAUGUGAUGGUGCCAAUAUUGAAAUUACGCGCGAGAUUGGAGAGAACAACAUCUUCCUCUUCGGCAACCUCGCGGAGGAUGUCGAGGACCUCCGCCACGCGCACACGUAUGGCACACACACACUCGACGCGGAUCUCAUCAAGGUAUUCGAUGAGAUUGAGAAGGGCACGUUCGGAGAGCCUAGGGACUUUAGCGCGUUGAUCGCCGCUGUCCGCGACCAUGGCGACUACUACCUCGUUUCGGACGACUUUAACAGCUACAACACCACGCAGGCUCUGGUGGAUGAGGCGUACAAGAACCAAGAAGGGUGGAUCACCAAGACCAUUACGAGUGUGGCGCGAAUGGGCUUCUUCAGUAGUGACAGGUGUAUCAACGAGUACGCCGAGGAGAUUUGGAACAUUGAGCCUCUUGUGGUGAAGGAUUAA